GCCGUGCCAGCGCCCUAGGACAAAUGCUCGUCCGCGAGCCCGCGCCGCUGGCUGGGACGGCCGGCCGCUCGCGCGCGAUGCCUUCGCAUUGGAUGAAACAGUGCUCAAGUUAUGGGCCUGAAUGUGAGGUGAGCAAGGGCAUGGCCGCGUGGGGGCGCCGGACAGGCGGGGCCGGAGGCGGCGGGCGGCUCCGCCUGGCCAGUCUUGGACUCGCCGAAGCAGUCACGCUCGCAGAAGCAGCCACGCGCGCGCUCGAGGCAACGGACACAGCGCCCGGCCGCGUAGCAAUUGAACCUGCCUGCUCGCCAUGGAACCUGAGUAUCGAGAGCCUCGUUGGAGCGACGGUCCAUAACAGGGGUGCGGCGCGGGUUGCCGGCCGUGUCACCAUCCAACACCAUCCGAGAAACCGACUAUGCGAGACAAGUAUCUGGAGGGCCAUCCGAAGUUACGCCUGACAUUGUUGAGAACGCUGCGCCGCGCGCUACUCGCUCUGCGUAAUUCCAACGGCACACGGCGCCGGCAGCACGCCCAAGAGUCUUGCGCCCGACCCCUACGCAAAGCGCAGCCGCGGUCACGAUCAUCACUGGAACAGCCCGCGUCAAACGCUUGACUAGCUCACUCGCCCGCGCGCGCAGCUACCGCCGCCACGAGCGCCACAGCAGCUUGUCCUUCUGUCGGCCAUAUCGGAGCGCCUGCCCGCGCCGGCUUCGGAAGCAUGCCACGCAACUUGGCGGGCUGCGGGCGCCACCCGCCGCAGCCGCGCUACCACGCCUUUGCCUUCUACUCGGCGGUGCGGCUGGGAGACCCGGAGAUGCUUGCGCGCAUCAUGACGGUGGAUCCCUACUUUGUGACCCAGGACAACGGUGCCGGCGCGCCCAUCCACUUCGCCGUCACCUACCGCCAACUGGACAUGGUGCACCACCUGCUGAACCUGGGCGCGCACGUGAACCAGCGCGACCCGCGCGGCCUGACGCCGCUGCACCGCGCCGCGCACCUGGCGCACCUGGAUGGCUACCUGGAGCUGUACGAGUACCUGCUGUCCCGCGGCGCCGACCCAACCAUCACCUCUGACGACUUCGACCCCUACCUGGACCCCGGCCCCAAGACCCCAGCCGUCAUGGCGCCGCCAGAUGCCCGCGUGCGGGCUGCGCUGGCGGCGCUAGAGUCGGCGUAUGCGGAUGUGCCCAAGGCGCCCCGCGCGCACCCUGACCUGGGCGACUGGUGGGCGCUGUACGACUACGGCCCCGAGGUGGUGGCGGCUUGGCCGCACGACUACUGCCACCCCUACCCGGAGGAGGAGGCGCGGCGCCGCGCGCAGGCGGAGCGGCGCGCUGAGAAGCUGGAGCGGCGGCAGCUGCGAGAGGCGUACCUGGCCGCGCUGGCCGCAGGUGGCGACGGGAGCGAGGUUGUGGCGGCCGCUGAGGAGAAGAAGAAACAACAGCAGGCAGAGAAACAGCAGGCCGCAGCCUCAGCGGCGUCCGCUGCUGCGGCGGCAGCAGGCAAGGCCGCGGGGCCCUCCGGUUCCGUGCCUGGUCCCGCGUCGGCGCCCGCAACGGCUGCAUCCGGCGGUGCCUCCACGAGCGCUGUCGCCGCACCGCGGCCGCCGCCGCCAGCGGCCGUGGCUGCUGCCAGUGCCGCUGUGACUCCGGCGGUGCCGAAGGGCCGUGUUGCGUUUGUGUUCCCGGGCCAGGGCUCCCAGGCUGUGGGCAUGCUGUCUGCCGCCGCCUCGCUGCCGGCGGUGGCGGCCAUGUUGGACACGGCGCGGGCGGUGCUGGGCUACGACCUCGAGGAGCUGUGCCGCAACGGCCCGCAAUCAGCAUUGGACGACACGCGAGUGGCCCAGCCCGCGCUGUUCAUGGCGGGGCUGGCGGCGGUGGAGCUGUUGCGCUCGCGAGACCCGCAGCUGGUGGCGGCGGCCGAGGCCGGUGGCAGUAGCAGUAGCGCCGGAGGCAGUGGCAGCAGCACUGGCGGCUGUGUGUGUGCGGGCCUCAGCCUGGGUGAAUACACAGCGCUGGUGUUCGCGGGCGCACUCACCUUUGAAGAGGGGCUGCGGGUGGUCAAGGCGCGUGGCGAGGCCAUGGCGGCGGCGGCGGCCGCGGGCGCCGGCGCGCGGCCGCACGGCAUGCUGAGUGUGGUCGGGCUGGGAGACGCUAGACUGGGGGAGGUGGUGGCGGCGGCGCUGGCGGGCGCGGCUCCGGGCAGUGUGUGCCAGGUCGCAAACUACCUCUUCCCACAGGGCCGAGUGGUGAGCGGCCACAGGGAUGUGCUGGAGGUGGUGCGGGCGGGGGCGCUGGCGGCGGGCGCACUCAAGGCCACCAUUCUGGCGGUGAGCGGCGCCUUCCACACCCCACUCAUGGCGCCCGCGCGCGAGCAGCUGCUGCAGGCCCUGGACGCCGUACAGCUGCGGCCGCCGCGCCUGCCCGUGCUCUCCAACGUCACGGCGCAGCCCUUCCCGCCCGACCCCGCCGCCAUUCGCGAACUGCUGGGUCGCCAACUUGUGGAGCCGGUGCAGUGGGAGGCCUGCCUGGCAGCAUUGCUGGCGCCGCCGGCGGGCCCGGGGGCGCCGGAAUCGGGUGGCGUGGCGCUGUGGGAGCUGGGGCCAGGGCAGCAGAUCAAGGCGAUGGUGAAGCGGCUGAGUUUGGAGGCGUGGCGUGGCAUGGGCAAUGUGGCGCCGUGAGGAGGGGAGGAAGGAGCAGGGAGGGAGGGAGGGAGGUCGGAGGGAGGGAGGGAGGUGGAGGUGGAGGGGGAGGUGUGCCGGGCCCGGGGCAACUGGAUGGGAAAGUGGUGAUGAAAGGAUGGUGGAGGAGGUUACGGGUGGACUGUGUUGGCACUUUGGCAUUGGGGUUUGCGCACUGCAGGUAGGCUGGAGGGUGGAGUGGGUGUUGUUGUGUAGGCUCUGCACCAGUGGCGGGUAAACAAGCUCGAUGAAGGUGCUUCAGGUAGGACGUGUAAGCUACGGGCAGGCAGGUGUAGGGUACGGACGCGGGGAUGUGAGCAUUUGAACAGUCACGUGGCAGGCCAACGUCAUUUGGUACUUUGAUCACAUAGUUCCGAGGAUUGCUGCAGGUGUUCUUCUCCGGUAGAUAUUAGAGCAGGUGUGCGUUCGGGGCAGGAGGUGUGCUUGGUGGCGGCAGCGUGAGCCUGGUGUGCCUGGCUGCUUCAGGUUGUCCCAAGUACUCGAUCAGAUGACUCGAGGAGGCAACCGUGGAACCCGUACUAACAGGGUACACCGUGGAAC